AUGGCGCCGUGUCGGGGGAGCCGGGGGAACAGGGCCGUGAACACCACCGAGCUGCUGAGCCGGAGGAGCAGAGGAGUCGAAGAUGCUGGGACUCUGAUGAGACACAACAUGAAGGUCCUCAGAAGUAUCCUCCUCCAGGACAACAGGAGUUUCAUUAAAGUGUGGAGCAAGACCUCAAAAUCUUCCAUCAUGUAUGAGAAUGGUAAAAUCUACUUUGAAAAUUACCAGAACUGCUACAGUUGUGUUCAUUCAGAACCUCAGGUUUUGUACAAGCUGCCUAAAAGGUCUAAAGUGGAGAAAUUUGAAGACGCCUUGCUGUGUCAGAGCCCUCUUGACAAAACUUUGGCAUCUCCCUCUGAUCAUAAAGCCAGUCUCUUGACUCUGACAGCCAACAACUGGCUGUAUCGCCUUUCAGCUGUAACGGGGGAAGAGCUGCAACGAGUUUACCUCUCCUCAAACCAAAAGUUCAGGUAUCUUGGCUGGGAGGUCUCUCAAGAGACAUUCUAUGUUAAAUCAGUUCAAAACAAAGAAACGCCUUUAGAAAGACGGGCAGGCAUCACUCACAAUACAGUCAUGCACCUGGCCAUCUUUCACGUUUUCCCAUUGCAAAUUGUGGGCAUUGUAGAGAUCAACAAAAAGGUAUUUGGAAAUGGUGUUACUGAUGUCGUUCUGUCUCAAGGUGUCCUUGCUGUGUCUUACAGCAACAAGUCUGUGAAGCUGUACAGCUUUGAGAACAUUGUGCAGAGGUACAUGACUGAGAAGUUAAAGCUCGGAGAGCAGAGUUCUCUUCUUGGAGAUAAUAAAGUGGGAGAAGCUCCGUUUGGUAUCCCAGUUAAUAUCCAGAUCACAGAUUGCCCUCCUGUGCUUUUUGAGGUGUCCUGCUCUAAUAAUGGCGUGCAGAUUGGCGGGUACCCCUGGCACUACAUCUAUACACCACCACAUAAAACUCACAAGGGAACUCACCACAUCUGCUCACUCAAGGACAACACUAUGGCAUCGAAUGGAAUACAAAACAUGAGCUGCAGCUCUCUGGAGAGUGAUGGGAUCUUCUUCCACCCGGACGACUCAGGAAGGAUCAUCCACAUUGGUCCGACCACCAUAAAUGUCCUUAAAAUCCUUGGUGAACUGAACAGUGGUUUGCCGUCCAAGGUAGUUGAGGACUUCUCUAUGAUGACCCUUCGAAAUAACAGUCCUACCUCACAAGUCACUGUCACCUCAUCUGGCCGCACAGUGAAGAGAAGAUUUCAUCAGCUGGAUGACGACCCAGAUCAAGAGACUUUCCGUAUGGUGGAAUAUGAGGAUGAGCUCGACCUUUUGGCUGUAGUGGUAACUAACGGUGAGGAGGGAGAAGGUAGAGCUCACAUCCGACUGCACGACAACCAGAACGGACAGUUACAGAGGACAAUCGAUCUGCUUGAACCUUGGGAUGAAACCUACCGCCAUGAGUUGUUCUUCGACAAGGACACGAUUGUUCAUAUUGAACAAAAGAACUCCAGCUUCUGCUGCCAUGUUUACAAACUCGAGGCCAACAAAAAAAUUAAGUGAUGCAAUUAAAGCUGCUGGAAAUAAUGUAAUGGUUAAUUUUAACAUUUUGUAAAUAUUUGUGUAGAAUUGGGUUUUUAUAGAGUUUUCUGUUAAUCAUAAUACUUUUUUCCGCCCUCUGGAUCAGUGCCUGAAUAUUUCCUAUGUGUAUUACACUUGAUAAUAAAACUGGUUAUUUAAAUCACUGUAUUACUGUUCACUACGUUCUGUCUCACGUGUGGACACUUUUAUACUGUUUCUGUCUAAUUAAAAUCUUAUAUUUUUACAACUUA